CUCUCUCUCUCUCUCCUAAGUUCCCCUCCCUUUCUCUCUCCUAAGUCCAGGCCUAACAUCAAGCAGGUGUUGCGGUAAUGGCUGUUUCUGAGGAAAAUGGAGUUCAUGCAACAGACACUCACUAUAAUAAGGGUGGCGCUGAGUUUGGAGGAAAGAAAGAGAGAGAAAGUGAAAUGUACACAAGAGAUGGCUCUGUUGAUAGGCAUGGAAGGCCAGCCAUAAAGGCCACAACUGGGGGUUGGAACGCUGCAAUUCUCAUAUUGGUGAACCAAGGGUUGGCAACGCUGGCUUUCUUUGGAGUUGGAGUGAACUUGGUGCUGUUUUUGACACGAGUCUUGAAGCAAAGCAAUGCGGAGGCAGCCAACAACGUAAGCAAGUGGACAGGGACUGUUUACAUAUUUUCAUUGGUUGGAGCCUUUCUAAGUGAUUCUUAUUGGGGGAGGUACAAAACAUGCGCCGUUUUCCAGCUUAUUUUUGUCCUUGGACUGGUGAUGCUAUCUAUAAUCUCUUAUCUUUUCCUUCUCCAUCCUUCUGGUUGUGGACAUGUGGGUUCCCCAUGUAAGACCCCUUCAAGCAUAAUAAUUGGGGUAUUUUACCUCUCAAUUUAUCUAAUUGCCUUAGGUAAUGGAGGAUACCAGCCCUCCAUAGCCACAUUUGGGGCAGACCAAUUUGAUGAGGAGGACCCACAAGAAGGGCAUGCAAAAGUGGCCUUCUUUAGCUAUUUCUACUUGGCAUUGAACCUUGGAUCUCUCUUUUCCAACACCAUUUUGGGAUAUUUUGAAGAUGAAGGGAAAUGGGCUUUAGGGUUUUGGAUGUCUAGUGGGUCAGCCUUCAUUGCCUUAGUAUUGUUCAUAGGUGGGACCCCAUGGUAUAGGCAUUUUGCCCCUGGUGGAAACCCUUUGUCUAGGUUCUCUCAAGUAAUGAUUGCUUCCUUCAAGAAAUGGAGGGUCGAGGCCCCAUCUCGUGAUUCGGAGCUCUUUGAAGUAAAUGGCAAGGAGUCAACUAUAAGCGGCAGUAGAAAGAUCCUUCACACCCACGAGUUCAAGUUUUUGGACAAAGCGGCCACCGUAACCAAGAAAGAUUUCACAGAAGAUCGAUCCACUCGUGAUCCAUGGUUCUUGUGCACCGUAACACAAGUAGAAGAGGUAAAAUGCAUUCUAAGACUACUUCCCAUUUGGCUUUGCACCAUUAUCUACUCGGUGGUCUUCACCCAAAUGGCCUCCCUCUUCGUAGAACAAGGAGCAGCCAUGAAAACUGACAUCAUUGGCUUCCACAUCCCUCCCGCAAGCAUGUCCAUGUUUGAUAUACUGAGCGUUGCAGCUUUCAUUCUCUUUUAUAGAAGGUUUCUCAUCCCUUGUCUCCAUAAGAUCAUAAAGAACUCUAAAGGGAUCACUGAGCUUCAAAGGAUGGGAGUUGGAUUGAUCAUCGCAAUUAUCGCUAUGAUAUCAGCUGGAACCGUUGAGGUAAUGAGGCUUAAAUAUGCCACAGAGGUUGACAAACCAAGUUCUUUAAGUAUACUAUGGCAAAUUCCUCAAUAUGUACUAAUCGGGGCCUCAGAGGUAUUCAUGUAUGUUGGGCAACUAGAGUUUUUCAAUGGCCAAACCCCAGAUGGACUAAAGAGCUUUGGUAGUGCACUUUGCAUGACUUCAAUUUCUUUUGGGAACUAUGUUAGCAGCUUGUUAGUCAGCAUUGUUAUGGACAUCACUAGGAAGGACCAUGAGGCCGGUUGGAUACCAGGAAACCUCAACAAGGGCCACAUGGAUAGGUUUUACUUCCUCUUAGCAAUUUUAACGGCUGUUGAUUUCGUUCUUUACGUGAUAUGCGCCAAGGGUUACCGCCCAAUUUCGCUCGAGAUCAGAGAUGAAGAUGAGGAAGAUAUUGAGAUGCACCGGGUAGUCUAGACCAUCCUCAAACUUGGCAUAACUUUAAGUAAUUAUGUUACAAAUGUAAGAAUGAUGCAAGGUUUGUACUUGCCAUUCAAAUUAGGCAUGAUAUGCCUUAAUUUAGUUGUUACCUCAGGGUGCUACUGUUUUCAUGGUUCCUUUGGACUGGUGCAUGUACAGAAGAAGAAUGUAGUGAUGUCACAACCAAGGGUAACAUUUGGAUUCCCACCCAAAUUUGUGAAGUGGGUUACCCUCAUAUUAUUGUAUUCCUAUAUUAAAAUAACAUGGAAUAAUAACUUUCCUUUGAUC